AUGUGUACAGCGAAGGAACUGGCGUAAUGUUUAUAGAGUAGGUCAGUCUAGUGUUGCUGUAACGUGCAGGAGGGUGUAUGCAAGUGCUGUCUGUAGAGCUAGUCUUUUGUUGCAACCGUUGAAGAUGACUUAGUUUGCUUUCCAGCUGUCUAGUUAACUCCAACAGGUUCACUACUACAGUUGGGAAGUUCAACAGUGAUCCCUUAGAGAUAAUUUCAUCAUUGGGAAAUCUGACAGUAUGCUUCCCGAUUCUUGGAACAGAAGAGACCCGUGAGACAUUUCGGGAGAGCGCGAAAGCGUUCUGAGAAUUGGAAUCCGGACGCGCGUCCAGCCUGUUCACGCCGCGACACCAGCAAAGAUGCCUUCAGCCGGCCUUUGCCUGCACUGGAGUGGACUGGGGCAGAGACAUGUGCUACCAUGGUGAUCAUUCAUACUAAAACACUGGAAAAGAAGAAGGGAGUCGAUGAUGUAACGUCCAGAGAGUCGGACUUGGAUCUGCGAGGGCAGCAGACCAUGAUGAGCCAGGGGACAGCUCUCUUCUCCUGCGGAGUUAUGGGGGCAGAUCGAUGGCGGGACCUGGGGCGGAGCUGUGCCAUCCAGCGGGCUCCGGUUGGCACCAGUCUGGAGAGCCUGUGGGACGGGGGGGUGGCGGAGGCGAGCCCCGGCGGCGGGGGCUGGGCCAGGGAGACGGGCGCCCCCUCCGUCUCCAUCACCAGCCUGAUCCGGGACCUCAGCCUGAGCGACGUGAAGGCGUGUUCCGCCGCCCCGCCCAGCAAGCGGCAGUGCCGCUCCCUGUCCUGCUCGGACGACCCGGGCUGCCGGUCGGCGUGGCGACCCCAGGGCUCGCGCGUGUGGACGUCGGUGGAGAAGCGGCGCUGCCACAGCGGGGGGAGCGUGCAGCGGGGCGCCGCGGGGGGGGGCUCGUUCCCCGCCAUGCAGCGGAGCUCCAGCUUCAGCCUGCCCGCCCGCUCCAACGCCCUGCCGCUGGGCUUCGAGCUGCCCUGCUUCACCUUCACCAGUCUGCAGCCCUCCGCCCCCCGGCCCCUCUACCUCUCUCAUGAACAGAUCUGCCUCCCCGGGGCCCCGGAUGGGGCCAGCUCCCCGGACUCCACCCCGGAGAUGGGCCGGCGGGCGGGGGGGCUGGCCAGGAGUCGCUCGCAGCCCUGCGUCCUCAACGACAAGAAGAUCGGCAUGAAGCGCAGGAGGCCCGACGACUCCCAGCAAGCCCGGCCGUCCCUGGACCUGACCAAGAUGACCCAGAAACUCCGGAAUUUCCACAGCCUCAGCUGUCCCGGGUUCUCUGGGGCGGACUCCUGCCAAUCAGCCCAAACCCCGCCUUCUUACCACAGCACCAGCCAAUGCCUGAGCGACUUCACUUCCUCAUGCGACCCAGGGCCGCAGCAGUGCACCAAAGCGGGCGGGGCUAACGGGGAUGAGCCGCCCAAUGAGGAGCUGGACAGCGACUCCACGGCCAGUGGGGACUCGGCGCUGGGGAACGCGGAGGAGACUCUUUGGGAGGGGCCGCAUAGGAACGGCAAGGACUUCUACCAGCUGGGGGGGGAGCUGGAUAUAGACCAGAUCGAGAGGAACUGAACGAGGGGAAUAAAAAGUUAAAAAGACGAGUGCAGGGGAGGACAGGAAAAGCGUGGAGGAGGCCAGAGCGCGCAAAAGGACCAAGUAUGUGGGAUUGUGGGAAAGCGGACAAGGGAGCCGGAAGCAGGACUUCAGGGGUGACGAGUGUGUGUGGUCUUCUGUCCCAGGGUGUGUGUGAACGGUGGGGGGAUGGGGGGGCGGUCAGGGGCGGUCAGUCCCCUCUGCAGCCCUCUCUCACAGCCUCUCUCCCUCUCCCGGCCUGAAUACCUCCGCGCAUCUGGAAGAGAGCAGAGGAUCCAGAGGUUUGUACAAAUUCACAGCGCAGAUUCGAUAGCCCCCCUGCGAGGCUCUCUGCGACGUCUCCUCCGGAAACGCGUGGGUACAUGAUGACCCGGGAGAAAGGCUCCUGAGAACCGCGCUCAGAGAAUUCUGACUUCCCCCCCCGUCCGACCCCCACCCCUACUCCCAGGGACCCAGGGUACAUGUACAGAUGUCUGCUCACACAAACACUGCUAAAUAAAAAAAGCGUUUCACAAAAAUAACAGGGAAGUCGGUCUGUUGAAUUGUAUCCUCCUCCAAAACUGAUUCAUGCUAAUUGCAUUAAUUUCUUUUUUUUUUUUAAACUACAAAGCAAUGUAAAACAUAAAAAUCUAUAUGAAUAAACACUGAAUUUUAAA